AUGCCAUCAACGUUCCGAGUGGCCACUAUCCUACUAGCCAACGCACUCUUGGUCGCAGCGAUCGCCAUCUUCGCAGCGGGAUUCUUCCCAUACAAGGCCUUCAUUCCUGGGCUGGCGACAUGGCAGCCCGACAGUCUGCGAGUGCGACGUCCACCACCAUUCAAUAAAGUGGUUUUCAUGGUGGUGGACGCGCUCCGUAGUGACUUUGUCUAUGGCAAUGCCUCGAAUUUCCAUUUCACGCAGAGCUUGGUUCGGGAGGGGGCCGCCAUCCCCUUCACAGGGCAUGCUAGUCCACCGACAAUCACCAUGCCGAGGGUCAAAGCCAUCACUACGGGAUCUGUGCCUAGCUUUGUCGAUCUCGUGCUCAACUUCGCUGAGUCGGACACCACGUCGACACUGGCCACACAAGACUCAUGGCUUGCUCAACUCAGAGCCAAGGGUACUGGCAAUUUGCUCAUGUACGGAGAUGACACAUGGCUGAGGCUCUUUCCCGGCUUCUUUGACAGGGCCGAUGGUACCACAAGCUUUUUUGUGUCUGACUUCACAGAAGUCGACAACAAUGUUACGAGACACGUGGACACGGAACUCAAAAACGACGAUUGGACUGCCAUGACUUUCCAUUACCUAGGCCUCGACCACAUUGGCCACAAGACGGGGCCAGGGGGGCCAAACAUGCCCGCUAAGCAGGCUGAGAUGGAUGGUAUCGUCAAAAGAGUGUACCAAGCUAUCCAGUCAGAAGCCCAUCUGUCUUCAACACUCCUUGUGCUUCUUGGCGACCACGGCAUGAACGAGGCCGGGAAUCACGGCGCAAACUCGGCCGGAGAAGUGUCAACUGCGCUUACUUUCAUCUCUCCCAAGCUGAAGAACGCCUUCCUUGGCAGUGCCUGUCCCAUCGAACCUGAAAAGGACUUCUCAUUCUACCGUACGGUCGAGCAAUCUGACUUGGCGCCCACCCUGGCCGCUUUCCUCGACUUCCCAGUUCCCUUGAACAACCUUGGCCGAAUAAUCCCACGAAUGCUAGCUCUGUGGUCUGAUCCCGCCGACCGCUACAGCCUGCUCUACGAAAACGCCCGCCAAAUAUCCCGCAUUGCCCAUGCCACCUUCCCCAAGGAGUUUGACAACAUAUCCUCACUAGACGACGAUGCUUGUGCAACAGCUCUUUCCGAUGCCCAAGAAAUAGCGUGCCUCUGGACCGAGAUCGAACGAACCCAUGCAGCACAUGCGGCCGACGAUUUUGACAGCGAAAUAGCAGCCCUCUUCCUCGAUAGGUUCCUUCGCAAGGCCCAAAACGCCCUCAGCGGUACCGCCUCGAAUUAUGACACCAACAAGCUUCUCAUCGGCAGCAUCAUCUCGCUGUCUGCACUGGUCCUUGCCAUCAGUCCGCUGCUCACAUCGUCCACCGGUCAGCUCGCCACUCUCUCCUCUCUGUUCUUCCUCCUCCUCAACACCCUCUACGCCAUCACGAUGUUCGCCUCCAGCUACGUCGAAGAAGAGCACCAAUUCUGGUACUGGUUCUCCGGUCUGUAUCUCAGCCUCUUGACACUCAAAACAUCCCGCUUCCACGACCCCAGCCACUCCUCGCGCCACGUCGGCGCCGCCGGCGCCCUCGCCCUCACCGUUCUCCUCUCCGGCCUCACCAAGCGCUGGCGCACCACCGGCCAGAAAUACGCCGGCGCCCCCUCCCUCCUCACGACUCUCGUCCUCCCGAACCCCUACCUCCUCUGGACGCUCAUCUUCGUCACCUACAGCGUCCACUCCCGCAACCUCAGCGCCCGCGCCACCUCGUGGCUGCAGUCGCGCCACCUCGGCGCCCUACCCGUGCUGGUCAGCAUGUCGACGCUCGUCUUCAAAAUCGCCUUCACCGCCGCCGACGCUCCGGAGCUGGUGCGCUCCGUCCUGCCACUCCGCCCCGUCCUACAGCUCACCCAGGGCUACCCACUACUGAACCUCGCGCGCCUGGCCUUCUUCGGCCUGGUGCAACUGCUGGCCUGCGCCAUCUACUACGAGAUCCCCUGGCGGGGCGGCCAACAACAACAGCAGCAGCAGCAGCGGCAGCAGCAACGGCCACAGCGCCCCAGCGCCAGUGGCUUCUUGCCUGUCUUCCACGACGUGCUAGCCCUGUUCCUCAUCAUGCAGACGCGCACGGAGAACAUCCCGCUGUUCCUCGUGUGGUACGCGCAGGUGCGGCUGCUGGAGGUGUCGCCGGCCCUGCGACACCUGAGCGCGACCGAGCUCGGCCUGCUGGGCUUGGUGAUGCAGUUUGUGGCGUUCUUCGCCAUGGGCGGCACCAACGCCAUCAGCAGCGUGGAUCUGAGUAGUGCGUAUAACGGCGUGGGUGGCUACAAUGUUGUCGCGGUGGGGGUGUUGACUUUUGCGGGGAAUUGGGCGGGGCCCGUGUGGUGGAGUGUGGCGACGGCGAGGCUGUUGGUGGGGAAGGCGGCGCUGGCUGUUGGAGAGGAUGAGAUUGAAGAGGGUGCUGGUGAGGUGCGUGGCAAAGAGGUACCUGCGGCGGGCAGCGUCUCGAGGAGAGGCGAGGGAAGGGUGAGGCAAGUCGCGUUUGACCACUUUGUCCGGCUCACCGUCUUUGCCGCCAGCAGCACGUGUGCUGUCAUGGUGGCGUGCUUCGUGCUGCGGGAGCAUCUGUUCAUCUGGACCGUCUUCAGUCCCAAGUAUCUGUACAUGGUGGCGUGGGUGCUGGCGCAGCAUCUGAUCGUGAACGGGCUGUUGGUGACAGGUGGUUUGUGUUUGAGUCGUUGGUAG